GAUGAAAAUUUUUGAAAUAAAUUCUUAGUAAAUAAUAAAUAUUUUAACAAAUUUAUAAAAAUUAACUAGUAAAUAUUCACUCAAUUAUAAAUGGAAAAAUAUCGAAUAAUGUAAUAAUGGCUCCAAAAGCAACUGGUAAACCAAAGAAAUUUGAGAAAUUAGUUGUUGGAGCAAUGAAACGACUUCAAGAUCUCCAAGGAUCUUCAGCAAAGGAGAUAAGUGAUUUUUUAUCACACGAAUAUGAUGUCCCGGUAGGAGAAAUAAAGAAACAAGUAAGAUUAGCGUUAAAACGUGGUGUCUCUUAUGGAAUUUUAGAACGAAAAAAUGGUGGUAUGUAUAUAUGUAACCGAGAAUUACUUAAAAGAAACGGUCAAUUGGUUAAGAAAAGUGAAUUAGUGGAGCCAUGUCCUUGGAUGAAAGUUCGCGAAAGGAGAAAAUCUCAAAGAAAAAAGUCUAGUCGAAGAGGAAAAAGUUCCAAAAGACAAGGCAGAAGAGGUGGCAGACGAAAACGAGGAAGAAAAAAAUUGAAAAAAAGAGGCAAAGCUCAAAAACGACCAAAGAUAUCCAUGGGGGGUUCAGAAAAAGAUAACUACACGAAGAAACAAAGAUAAAGUGAACAAAAUAAAUUCUGUAUAAUAUUAAUUUAGAGAAUCAUUUAUCUUUUACUUAAUAAAUUUGCAAAUAUUAUGCUAUAUUUUUUUCAUGG